AAAAAAUUUGCUGAACUACAAAGAGAAAAAUUUUUCCCUCAACUUUUUUCUCUCUCUCUUUUUCUUCUUACCGCCAACUCCAUCAAAACAAAGAACACAACCAACUAAAAAUGGCUGAUUCUAAGCAAUCCGUUGAGGUUCUUAACGAGCUUUUCCAAAAGUUGUCCGUUGCUACUGCCGAUGAGGUUGACGUUGCUGCCACCAACGUCUCCUCCUUCUUGAACGGUUCCAUCAUUGAACACGAUGUUCCAGAAGAGUUCUUCAAGCAGUUGAAGAAGUCUGUCUCCGACAAGAAGGCUGCUGCCAACGCCUUGGAGGCUGUUGUUCACAUCUCAUCCGAGAACAACUUGUCGCCAUCUGUCGAGCCAUUCAUUGUUGACUUGGUUCCAGAGAUCUGUAAGAAGGCUGGUGAGAAGGACCAGGCUGUUAGAGAGAAGGCUGCUAAGGCCCUUGUUGCCAUUGCCGGCUCUGUCAACCCAAGAGCUGUCAAGGCCCUUUUGCCACACUUCACCAAGGCUCUUGAGGAGACCAACAAAUGGCAAGAGAAGGUUGCCAUCUUGGCCGCCAUCUCCGUUGUCGUUGAGCACGCUGAGGAGCAAGUUGCCCUUAGAAUGCCUGAGUUGAUCCCAGUCCUCUCUGAGGCCAUGUGGGAUACCAAGCCAGAGGUGAAGAAGGCUGCCACUGCCACCAUCACCACUGCCACCACCACUGUCCACAACAAGGAUAUUGAAAAGUUCAUUCCAAAGUUGAUUGAGUGUAUUGCUAAACCAACUGAGGUUCCAGAAACUGUUCACAUCUUGGGUGCCACCACCUUCGUCUCUGAGGUUACCACUGCUACUUUGUCCAUCAUGGUUCCAUUGUUGUCCAGAGGUUUGGCUGAGCGUGACACUGCUAUCAAGCGUAAGGCUGCCGUUAUCGUUGACAACAUGUGUAAGCUUGUCGACGAUCCACAAGUUGUUGCUCCUUUCAUGGUCUUGUUGUUCCCAGCUUUGAAGGCUAACUUCGCCACCAUUGCUGACCCAGAAGCUCGUGACGUUACCUUGAGAGCUUUGAACACCUUGAGAAGAGUUGGUGCCAUCCCAGAGGAUGACUCCAUCCCAGAGGUUUCCACCGCUGGUGACAAGGAAGUCACCAAGAAGGAGUUGACCAACAUCUUGUCUGAGAACAAGAUCGAGGUUGCCCCAAGAUUCGCCCUUGUCCUCGACUACGCUGCUAACAUUGCCGGUGACUUGAUUGACGAGCGUGUCAUUGACCAAGCUGCUUGGUACGAGCACUUGACCAACUACUUGACCGUCUUCUUGCACGAGAAGGAGGCUAAGGCUGACAUUGACGAGUGGAGAAAGCGUGCCAUUGACAACAUUCCACAACCACCAUCUUUCGAAGAUGAGGAUGAUGAAGGUGAGGACUUGUGUAACUGUGAGUUCUCCUUGGCUUAUGGUGCUAAGAUCUUGUUGAACAAGACCCAACUUAGAUUGAAGCGUGGUAGAAGAUAUGGUUUGUGUGGUCCAAACGGUGCUGGUAAGUCCACCUUGAUGAGAGCUAUCGCUAACGGUCAAGUUGAGGGUUUCCCAACUCAAGAGGAAUGUCGUACCGUUUACGUCGAGCACGAUAUCGAUGGUACUCACGCUGAUACCUCUGUUGUUGACUUCGUCUUUGAGGACGGUGUUACCGGUGUCUCCAAGGAGACCAUUGAGGACAAGUUGAGAGAGUUCGGUUUCUCUGAUGCUAUGAUCAACAUGCCAAUUCAAUCCCUUUCUGGUGGUUGGAAGAUGAAAUUGGCUCUUGCUAGAGCCGUCUUGAAGAACGCUGAUAUCUUGUUGUUGGAUGAGCCAACUAACCAUUUGGAUACCGUCAACGUUGCUUGGUUGGUUAACUACUUGAACACCUGUGGUAUUACCUCUAUCAUUGUCUCCCACGACUCUGGUUUCUUGGACAACGUUGUCCAAUACAUUAUCCACUACGAGGGUUUCAAGUUGAGAAAGUACAAGGGUAACUUGUCUGAGUUCGUCAAGAGAGUCCCAUCUGCUAAGUCCUACCACGAGUUGGGUGCCUCCGACUUGGAGUUCAGAUUCCCAGAGCCAGGUUUCUUGGAGGGUGUUAAGACCAAGCAAAAGGCUAUUGUCAAGGUUUCCAACAUGACCUUCCAAUACCCAGGUACCACCAAGCCACAAAUUUCUGACAUUAACUUCCAAUGUUCCCUUUCUUCCAGAAUUGCUGUCAUUGGUCCAAACGGUGCUGGUAAGUCCACUUUGAUUAACGUUUUGACUGGUGAGUUGCUUCCAACUGCCGGUGAGGUUUACGUCCACGAGAACUGUCGUAUCGCUUACAUCAAGCAACACGCUUUCGCUCACAUUGAUUCCCACUUGGACAAGACUCCAUCUGAGUACAUCCAAUGGAGAUUCCAAACUGGUGAGGACAGAGAAACCAUGGACAGAGCUUCCAGACAAAUCAACGAGAACGAUGAGCAAGCCAUGAACAAGAUCUUCAAGAUCGAGGGUACUCCAAGACGUAUUGCUGGUAUCCACGGUAGAAGAAAAUUCAAGAACACCUACGAGUACGAGUGUUCCUUCACUCUUGGUGAGAACAUUGGUAUGAAGAACGAGAGAUGGGUUCCAAUGAUGUCUGUUGACAACGCUUGGUUGCCAAGAGGUGAGCUUGUUGAGACUCACUCCAAGAUGGUUGCUGAGGUUGAUAUGAAGGAGGCUUUGGCUUCCGGUCAAUUCCGUGCUUUGACCAGAAAGGAGAUUGAGUCCCACUGUUCUAUGUUGGGUUUGGAUGCUGAAUUGGUUUCCCACUCCAGAAUCAGAGGUUUGUCUGGUGGUCAAAAGGUCAAGUUGGUCUUGGCUGCUUGUACAUGGCAAAGACCUCACUUGAUCGUCUUGGAUGAGCCAACCAACUAUUUGGAUCGUGAUUCUCUUGGUGCUUUGUCCAAGGCUUUGAAGGCCUUCGAGGGUGGUAUCAUCAUCAUUACCCACUCUGCUGAGUUCACUAAGGACUUGACUGAGGAAGUCUGGGCCGUUGUUGACGGUAAGAUGACUCCAUCUGGUCACAACUGGGUCGCCGGUCAAGGUUCCGGUCCAAGAUUGGAGAAGAAGGAGGACGAUGAAGACAAGUUUGAUGCUAUGGGUAACAAGAUCAACGCUACCAAGAAGAAGACCAAACUUUCUUCUGCGGAGUUGAGAAAGAAGAAGAAAGAGAGAAUGAAAAAGAAGAAAGAGAUGGGUGAUGCCUACGUCUCAUCUGACGAUGAGUUCUAAGCAGUCUGAAGUAUUGCAGAAGAUGAUGAAGAGUUUGAAACUUUUGUUUGAUGGUAAUUUUCUUUUCUUUUCUUUCUUUAUGUUUUAAAUGAGCGUGGCAGCAAAAUUUGAAAGAUAGAGGUGCAUAUAUGAGAGCCAUUUGCUGCGGUUGAUGGUCCUUUGUCAUGUUUUGGUGGUUAUAUACAUACAUUAUCUUUAUUGACUGUUUCAUUUCUCUUUGGGUUUCGAUUUCAACUGUUUUGUGGAUUUUAACCUUACUAGUUUAUGAUCGUUAGAAGAGCUUAAAUUAAUAAGAAUUUUGAUAUACUAUCUUGAUGUAGGAAGGAGGUGCUAGCAUUGUAAUGGGGUCUAUGGAUGUCUAGAAAG